ACUGGGGGGGCAGGGCGCCAGCUGGCUGCGCGGAGUUGCGAGCUGCCGGGCUGGGCAUCAGAGAGCAGGAAGAAGAGGAAGAAGAAGAAGGAGGGAACCGAGGAGCGCGGCCAGAUGGCAACAUCCAAGCGAGGUAUGCGAUCCACCCGGAAGCUGCGCGAGUGGAUUGUGGAGCAGGUAGAGAGCGGGAAGUUUCCUGGCGUGGUCUGGGAUGACCCCCCAGCCAAAACUAUGUUCCGUAUCCCGUGGAAACAUGCCGGAAAGCAGGAGUUCCGCCUUGAAGAAGAUGCUGGUAUUUUCAAGGCGUGGGCCAUCUUUAAAGAAAAGUACAGCCCCGGGGAACGCAACCCGGCUGUUUGGAAGACACGCCUCCGCUGCGCUUUGAGCAAAAGCCCCGAGUUCGAGGAGAUGCCAGCACGUUCCCGGCUGGAUAUCACGGAGCCUUUCAAAGUGUAUCGCUUGGUACCAGUCGCAGAGCAGGCUGUGGGGAAGCAACCGAAAGCACAGAAAACGAAGCAGGUAGAAACAGAGCAUUCUGACAACUGUAAGGGGCCUGCAAGUCCCAGUGACUGGAUCCUGCAGCCAGCUGAUUCUCUUUUGCAGCCGAAUACGGCAACUAUUCUUACCCCAGAAGCCAUGGUGAGCCCCGUGUCCAACACUUUCUACACUUCUGCCUACCAGAGUGGGGAAGUCAGUCCUCAGGCCGGUGAAGCAGCGCCUGAAGAGAACGAGAUCACCCUCCGGAGCUGGGGACCAGAUUCCAGCCCUGCUGUGAACGCUGCUGCUGGACCAACAGAGGAAUUCUCCCUCUGCUUAUCCAUCUUCUACUUUGGCGAGCUGAUCGAGAAGUACUUGCUCCCAGAAGGCGAAUAUGUGAUCACGUCUGUCACUGCUUCGCUGAAUGCGUCAGCUGACUGCAUGAAGCGGGUCGUCCUGCCGUGCCCUGUUAAAAUAGCCGACUCUCCAAAGCAGGAAGCUAUUCAGAGUUUGCUGAAGGAUCUGGAAAAAGGCGUCAUGGUUGCCAGUAACCGAGGAGGGAUAUUCCUUCAGUGCCGGGGCAACGCCUGCAUCUCCUGGUGGGGGCUCAACGCCACCGAGGGGCAGAGCAAGCUGGAGAUUAACACUCAUCUGCACUUAUUCAAACUCCAAGAAUUCCGAGCAGCACUGGAGCAGUACCGUCUGGGCUGUGGGCCUCUACCAGAUCACCGGAUUGUUCUCUGCGUAGGAGAUGAACUGGAAGGAAAUGGAAGUAGGGACCACAAGCCCAUUGUCAUCCAGAUGGAACAGGCAUUUGCUCUUCGGCUUCUUUCUCCCCACGCCUUCCAGAAGACCCAGUUUCCUAUGUCCACCCUGCCUUAGUUGCUGCGUCGUCUGCAGAAGACAUCACCUGAGAAUGAGAAGCUUUUGGUUCCUGCCUUGUGAGGGGUUUGGACUGAAGAGGCCAAUAUCGUGUUGUGCGUAUAGUCUCAGAGGCAGAGCUGGCGGGCUCGGAAGGAGGUGCAUAGCUUAUGCACGAUCAGUUGCUUCUUCAGAUCCUUGAACUGGGACUUCCUCUGCGGUCCGCACUAGUCUCCAGGGGCCAUCCUGGCUGGCAAAGUGUUGCCAGUUACGUCCAACGUAAAACACUAGACUACCCCGAACAGGCCAUUUUCCUUGGAGUCAAGAACAGAACCUUCCUUCUGGAGCCCUUGUAGCAAAAUGAGCCUGCCACCUUCUACAUUUCCUGGGAGGGUGGAAGUUGCUUCUUCACCAGCUUGUAAA